AUGGUAUCCCCUGUCCUCACUGAGAACCUUGAGAUUUCUAUUGAAGAGGCUGAUAAUACGAAAAUUCAAGGAAAACUUGUCCUGGUUGAUCCAGGGAAUGAUUUCUUCCUAUUCAACAACAAUCCACAAGGUAACAAAUCUUUCAAAUGUUACGGAUGUGGAAAGGUUGAACAUUUAAAGAAAAAUUAUCAUAUGAAGCUUUCCAAAGAAAAUCAAGCUUGUGAAGAUGAAGAAGAUAACAAACUCAACCGAGAGCGACGUUUUACUACCGAAUUAGUUAAAGGGACAAACCAAGCACCAACUAACUAUAUCGAUUAUAAGGAAGAAUGGAUCAUUGAUUCCGGUUGUUCAUAUCCCGUGAUCGAAAAUGAUUCAUUAUUUUCGUAG